AAUCUUGGAGCUACAAUUUAUUUCUAAUCUUCAUUGAACAAAUCUAUUUCUGUGAAGGCCUUCAGAGCACCAUUUCUCAAAGGUCUCACCCAGAGGCAGAACCAAAGGAUGAAGAUGAAGAGGGGGCACUGACAGGUCAUCCCAGAAACCUAACCCACAUUGCACCAUUUUCUGGGGGACUCCCCAGUGUUUUGGGGGACACUCUGGGGAAAGAGCUCAUUGAGGAACCUUCCGUGCCAGAACCUCUUCCAGCACCUGGCAUGACAAAUGACAUCCUGGAGGAAGAGCUCGUUGAGGAAACCUCAAUGCCAGAACCCUUUCCAACACCUUGCAUCACAAAUGACCUACUGGGGAAAGUGCUCAUUGAGGAUACCGCAGUGCCAGGUCCUUCCAUCCUCACAGACACUCCAAAGAAAGGAUCUUCUGUGUCAAAGCCCUUACUAGAGCCUUCCAUUGCUUAUAAUUAUCUUCAGCAAGAUGUAGAACUCCUCAAAGAGUUACAGAAUGACUAUGUCCAGCAGCAACUGAGUGUUAGCCGCAUUUCCCAACAGUUCCCUUGUUCUCUCCGGGCCAUCAACCUGCAAAUUGGACACAUGCGGACAAGGCUCGACCGCACUGAAGUUCGGCUGCAGUGGUGGGAAAGGGAAGAUGUUCCUGCAGACCCUGCUGCACUUCUCCAGCCCUCAGGGUCGGAUUCAUCAUUGUCCUCUGCCUCCCUUGAGGUUGCCUCCAUCCCACCCUCCACCUCCACCUCUUCCCUCCUCCUGCAUCCCUCUCCACCUCCUCCUCCUUCCCCACCUCCUCUGGAGCCGGACCUCAGCAAUUUGAAAGACAAUCUGCAGAGUUUGGCAGAGAUGCAGGUCCAUCAGCUGCGUGACCGCCAAAGAGACCUCCACAGCUGCCAGGAAUACUUACAAAGCUUCAAGGCACUGAGGGGACAGUUGAGGCGGCUAAGGAGCAGACUGGCCAGGGUGGAAGCCACUAUGGGGAUCGUGGUUCCUCCAAGGGAGCUGGACAUUGCUGAGGAAGAAGAGGAAGGCAAAUUAAAAGAGACAACUGUGCUACUAUUUAUAUAAGUAGCAAUAAAAUGUGGUGUAUAUAUUUUUAAAAUAUUAAAUAUUUGUUUUAAUAGGAUGCAGAGAUAGAACAGCAGUAAAACUUGCAUAUUUAUUGUUUUAAAAAUUAAAAUGUUUUAUUUUAA